AUGGCUCGAGCUCGUUUCCUUCAGCUUCUGCUGGUGGCGCUGACGCUCCUCAGUAUCGCUGCACUCCCUGUCAGCGCGUGGUGGAGCAAGGGCCACAUGUCCGUGGCGCUCAUUGCAAAGCGGCAUAUGGGCGCGUCUCUCGUUGAAAAGGCCGAACUGGCUGCUAAGGUGCUGUCCUUGUCUGGACCCUAUCCGAAAAGCCCAGACAUGGUGCAGACCGCAUCAUGGGCGGAUGACAUCAAGGCGAUCGGCCUCACAACAUUGUCGACGUGGCACUACAUCACGACGCCGUACUACCCAGACGAAAACUUCACCUUGGAGAUCAGCCCGGUACAGACGGUGAACGUUGCCUCUGUCAUUCCGAUGCUGCAGACGGCGAUAGAAAAGCCAACGGCUAACUCGGAAGUUAUCGUCGAGUCGCUGGCCCUCUUGCUACACUUUGUGGGCGACAUCCACCAGCCACUGCACAACGUCAACCUCUUCUCUAACCAGUACCCGGAAAGUGACCUCGGUGGCAACAAGCAGCGCGUCGUUAUCGACUCCAAGGGAACCAAGAUGCUACUGCACGCGUACUGGGACUCGAUGGCGGAGGGCAAAGCUGGGGAGGAUGUGCCGCGUCCGUUGAGCAAGGCCGACUACGACGAUCUGAACAAAUUUGUCGACUACCUGGAGGCAACGUACGCAGGCACGCUGACGGAUAAAGAAAAGAAUCUCGUGGACCCUAUGAAGAUCUCGGAGGAGACCUUCGACCUGGCGCUGAAGCACGCCUACCCCGGCGCCAAGAAUGGCGCCACGCUCUCGGACGAAUACAAGAAGAACGCGAAGAAGAUCUCGGAGCGUCAGGUGCUGCUUGCCGGCUACCGCCUGGCCAAGAUGCUGAAUGCGACGCUGAAGCCGAUCAGCACGGCAGCGAUUCUGCAGGGUCUCAAGAACAUCCAAAGCGAAGUGGACACGGAAAACAAGGCUGAGGUGUACAACCACUACGAUCAGAAAGGUCUCAGUACUGCUGUGACGGCGAUUGUCGCCGUGGCAGUCUUCAUCGUCGGCAUUAUCAUCGCCACCCUGGUGGUUCUGGUCCUCAAGUGUUACCUGCAGAAGCGCGACCGCUUUGUUUACUACGAGCCGGUAUCCCUGUAA